AUGUGGCAGAAGAAGUUUUUAACCCCCCCUUGUCACCCCCGCCUCUGCCGCUGCUCUGACACCGUCCGGUGCCACCGCCGGGGACGGACGGAACAAGGCGGCGGCAGCAGCAGCAGCACGGGCUGGAGCCCGGCCCGGCUUUCCCACCCCAGCAGCCUGCCACACUGCCAACGCCACAGAAGUGACCCAAGCUCCGCGGCCUCCGAGCCCUCGCACUCUCCGCCCAGGUGCCGGGACCGCGGCGCCCGCAGCCCUUUACCAGACGGGGUCUUCCUGCCGCCUCCCGGCGGGACGCUUCAGCCCCUCCGGCGGGCCUCCUCCCCGCCCCGCCCGGCAGCCCAGGACAAGGCCGCCGUGCCCCCGCUGCCUCACGAAGGGACAGACUGCGCUCACCGGCCACCACGCCCCGUCUUACUACCGGUACCUGUUACCGGUACCUGCCGCCACCGCCGCCCGGCCCGGCCCGGCCCGCCCGUCUGUCAGCACCCGCAGCAUCCGCCGCCCGCCGGAAGCGCGCGGCCCGUCGCCCGGGGAACACCGCCCCGCCCCGUCCUCUGCCGGACGCUGUCCGGGGGUACCUGCCGCCCCUUCGCAGCGUUCCGCGGCAUGGAGGGCCCCGGCUCCGGUUCCGACCUCUCCCCCGGCGGCGGUGAGGAGGCUCCCGGAGCGAUCUGCCCGCUGCUGCGGAGCCUGCCGGCCGGGCUGGCCCUGGGGCCGUCGCUGUCCCGGGCGCGGGCCAUGGGCGUGUGGUGUGUGGGCCGGGCCCUGCCGGCUGGCGCGCUCCUAGGGCCGCCCGGCGGGGUCCGGGAGGAGGCGGCGGGGCCGGGGCCGUGCUGGAGGAGCCUGGUACAGCGGAGCCCGAAGGAGGCGGAGGCCAACGUGGAGCUGGGCCGGGCGGGCAGCUGGCUGCGGGCUCGGCGAUCCAUCGCGGCGGGCACCGAACUGCUCUACUGGCCCCAGGAGACCCGCGGGGCCGCGGCGGAGCAGCUGCAGUCGGCCGUAGGCGAGGGGAUAGCGGUGCCACGGGAGGCCGGGCCGAGGAGGCUGCCGGCGGCCGAGGAGCAGGGGGACGGGGCCUCUCCCGGCGGGACGUCGGCGGAGCCCCUCGCAGGGGAUCUCAAUGUCUGCGAGGUGGUAGCUGAGGACACCACAGUCCUUGAUGUCCCUGCUGAGGUUAGGAGGCCACUCCUCAAGGGUGUCCAUAGGCUGCAAGACGAGGAAAGGACAGCUUCCAAAUGGGAGCCAUGGCAAGCCAAGGUGCUGAGGACUGAGGAUCUGCACCUCGAGACCAUCUCAACCAUUAAGGCCACUGACAGGUGCAAGGGUGUGGAUCACACAGCAGAAAACGUGGAGAUGGGCCAUAAAGAGGCGCGUCUGGGAGACAUGGAUCCAUUGUCACACUCAAAUGGGGUUCGACUCAGUGCUCCCAUGGUUGUGAAGCCAUGCAAGGUGCAUGCUCUGUCCAGCCAGCUCCAGAAGUGCACGCAGGACUGUGGUGUCAGGACAGCUGGGCACAAACUCCAGCAGCCCAACCCUUCCGGAGGAGUGAGUGUUGAGACUUGCGAGAAAGACACCAAAGCUUCCAAAGACUCCAAGCUGGCAUCCCCAGAGCCCAGUGAAAACGGCCCACUGGAGAAACCCAAGGAGCAGGAGGAGUGCACAGAGAUUGUGGAGGGUCAUUCUGGCAGCCCAGACCCCCCACUAAAAGCUCCCUCCCGGAACGAGACAGUCAAACGCAGGCACCGCUGCGGGGAGUGCGGCAAAGCCUUCCUGCAGCUCUGCCACCUCAGGAAGCACCGCUUUGUCCACACUGGCCACAAGCCCUUCCUCUGCACUGAGUGUGGCAAGGGCUACAGUUCAGAGGAGAGCUUCAAAGCCCACCUGCUGGCCCACCGGGGUGUGCGGCCCUUCCAGUGCCCGCAGUGCGAGAAGGCGUACCGCACCCAGCGAGACCUGCGGGACCACCAGCUCCUGCACACGGGCCAGCGCCCCUUCUCCUGCCAGCUCUGCGGAAAGGCCUUCGCGCGCCGGCCCUCGCUCCGCCUGCACCGCAAGAUCCACCUGGCGCCGGGGGCCGCUCCCCGGGGCUGCCCCUGCGCCGUCUGCGGGCAGUGCCUAUCCAGCCCCGGCUCCCUGCGCAGCCACAUGCGGCUGCACAGUGGGGAGCGGCCAUACCCCUGUCCCCACUGCGGCAGGGCCUUCCGGCAGCAGAGCCACCUGCGCCAGCACCUGCGCCUGCACACGGGCGAGAAGCCGCACCGGUGCCGCUUCUGCGGCAGCGCCUUCCCCGCGCUGCCCGAGCUGCGCCGACACCUCAUCUCCCACACCGGGGAGGCUCACCUCUGCGCCGUCUGCGGCAAAGCCCUGCGGGACCCACACACCCUGCGCGCCCACGAGCGCCUGCACGCCGGCGAGCGGCCGUUCCGCUGCGAGUGCUGCGGCAAGGCCUAUGCCCUGGCCACCAAGCUGAGGCGACACCAGAAGUCCCACCAGGCUGACAAGCCUUACCGCUGCCAGCUCUGCGGCAUGGGCUAUGCCCUUCCUCAGGGCCUCGCGCGACACGCGCUCACCCACGAGGCAGCAAAGGACCCCGAGGGAAUCGGCGUCGCCGCGGCCUCACUCGCUGUGGACCUACCCCAGGUGGCAAAGAAGUCUCAGAGGAAGGGCCACCAGGAGGAGGUGGCAGCAGAGCCCAUGUCGCUCGUGGUGGAGGGGCAGGGGCCAGCGAAUGGGGCUGAGCUGCUGCUCACUCACUGUGUUACUACUCGCCAGUCUCAGGGCAGCCUCCUGGAUCCUGGGGCACGUGAAAGGCCCGCGGGGUGUUUGCCAUCAGCAAGGGACAUGAUUGAAAUCACCAUCACUGAGCACGAGGAGAAAUGCGUUAUAGUGCAAGAUGAGGGUUCACCCAAUGAUGUGGUUGUCAUCCAAGAAGGGGUGGGCUUUGGAGCAGUGGCAGAAGUAGUGGAGGUUGAGACCGGGACCUGACUAUCCCAGCCUGCCCCAGCUCAUCUUUGUACAUAUUAAAAUGGGAUUAAAAAAACAUCAAACCCCCUAGGUCUGUUGUCUCUCUGUGGCAAUAAGGCCCCGUGACACAGCCCCAGACAGAACUGGCUAUGAAUGGUGCUAGGAAUGCAGUAAGGUGACAAUCUGAGAACUUUGUGAUUUCUACAUUCAGUUUUUGUAGACAUUGUACAUUCAGACAGUUUGUAGACAAGGUGCUAGAGUCUGAUCUGUAACACUUUGAUGUGAAGUGAGGAUGGAAG